AACGUUGCGCGUCCACCGUCGCCAGUCAGUCAGUCACCAUCCCAGUUGCAGUACAUCACUUCCUGUGCUUCUGUAAUGAAGCUUCGUUUUUAACUUCGUCGGUUUUUAUCAGCACAAGUCGGGAUUCGGGAGGGGUGAGACAAGAAGGUACAAUUCAAGGUGAAGAAGGAAGGCGAGACGAAAAGCGAAGGGUUCCGUCGGUUGAUCCGGGUAGAAGAAACCCAGGAAAAACACAAACAGACUCCCUGGCGGCGGACCGAGACCCUCUCCUGGUGAGGGCGGACCUUCUCUCUGGAUUGGCUGUCUUCGUGGCGACGGGACUAAAAUGAAACAAUAGCUGUGCGCGGCUACCUCCCCCUCAUUCUCUGCCCCUCCUCCACCCCGAACGCACACGUACCCCUCGCCCCCAACACACACACACACACACACCCUCAACCUUGCACCCACACACACACACACACACACACACACACUUGGGGGCAAUCAAACUGCCUCUGGAAAAAAGAAAAAGGAAAAAAAAAAAGUAAAUUUGGACAGCCAGACACCCACAAUCCUUCGCACGUCUGGUGCUUUUUAUUUUCUUUCUGGCCCAGUCCAGCUGGCCCGCGUCGCAGAGAGCUGUAUUUUAUCACAGAGUCGUCUGGCAGUCUGGAGGAGGGGACGGCGGAGCGGAGGAGACGGAGAGCUUCGCCACGCCACGCCGCGCCACACAUGCACGCGUUUAAGCAGAGGAGGCGCAUGGGGCAUGGGAGGGCCUGAGGAGGGGGGGAGGAGGGGAGCGUAGGGGGGUUCAGCGGGGACGUCGGGGGGCGCCGUGAGGAUGAGGAGGGAGGCCGACGCAGUCCGAAACCAGAGGAGCGGCAAAACCUGCGCGAAAACGAAAGGAAUGUGACUCUCCGCAUUUUUUCUUCUUCCCUCCGUUUCCUUCUCCACAUCUCAAAACCAGUUUUUUUUUUUCCUCUUCUCCCUGGAAACACUUGAUGAGCCGGUCCAGUGCCUUGCUGUCUAAGAACGGACGCGUUUUACGCACUGACUACGCCCUGCGCCGACGGGCUUUCCCUUCAGACUUCUCGCGUGGACGCUUCUGGCUGGCGUAACUAACGACUAAAUAAAAAAAGGGCGAACAAUUACAAAACCGAACCUGGGAAAAACAAACAAAAAGAAGAAAAGACGACGACGAACGUGACUUCCGUCGCACGUCGUUGCCGCCCGAUCGCGAGCCGCACAGGCCGUAACCGUAGCGACGUCCUUUGGAAAGGCGCGUUUGUUUGUGUGCGCUGCGCUAGGCUAGGCUAGGCUAGGCUAGGCUAAGCUAAGUGCUCGGGCGGUGCCAUGGCCAAACUGCAGUCCAAAUGGCGCUUCCUGGUGAUGAUUUUGGGCGUGCAGCUGGUCGUCAUGGCGCUGCUGUCCCGGGACGGCUACCAGAAGAGGAUGACCUAUUUCUUCCGGAUCUUCCGGCGGCCGGAGGCCUCGGCGGGGCCCGGCGCGGGGCUCUCGGGCUCCUCCCUCCACAACCACACGGGCCGGGACGUCUACGCCAACCUGUCCUUCCUGGGGAGGGCGCAGGUGUCCGAGGAGGACCUGCCCUUCUGCCCUAAGAAGUCCCCCCUGGUCGGUGGUCCGAUCCAUGUCACUUUCCCCUCCGGCCUGACCCUCGCUGAGGUGGAGCGGAAGAACCCACUGGUCGUCAGGGGGGGGCGCUACCGGCCGCCCAACUGCGAGGCUCGCCACCGCACCGCCAUCAUCAUUCCCCACAGAAGCAGGGAGCACCACCUCAAGUUCCUCCUGUACUACCUGCACCCCUUCCUCCAGAGGCAGCAGCUCAACUACGCCAUCUACGUCAUCCACCAGGAGGGGAACUACACCUUUAACCGGGCCAAGCUGAUGAACGUGGGGUUCAGGGAGGCCAUGCGGGAGGAGGAGUGGGACUGCCUCUUCUUCCACGACGUGGACCUGAUCCCCGAGGACGACCGCAACACCUACGUCUGCGACGCCCACCCCAAACACGCCGCCAUCGCUAUGGACAAGUUCGGCUACAAGCUGCCCUAUAAGAGCUACUUUGGAGGCGUGUCAGCCCUGACCCCGACGCAGUACCUCAAGAUGAACGGAUUCCCGAAUAACUACUGGGGCUGGGGGGGUGAGGACGAUGACAUCGGAAUCCGGGUGUCUCUGGGCGGGAUGCUGAUCGCCCGGCCAGCGCUGAACGUGGGGCGCUAUAAGAUGAUCAAACACAAGCUGGACCAGGGCAACGAAAUUAACCCCCGGAGGUUCAACAUGCUGGCGAAGACGCGGCAGACCUGGAAGCAGGACGGCAUGAACACGGCGCAGUACGAGAUCGUGAGCCGGGAGCACCUCCCCCUCUACACCAACAUCACCGUCCACAUCGGCACGGAGACGGGCCUGCGGCGGCACGCCGCCUCCGCUGCCCCCGCUGCCCCCAGCCUGGCAGACGGGCAGCCGGACUCCCUGGUGAAGGGACACUGAGCCCCAAAACCGACCCUGGGGAGCCCAGCCCCGCCUCCGCCAACCCCCCCCCCCCCCCCACCUUCAGACUGCAAAUGUGGGUGGGGUGAGAGAAUACAUUGGAGAGGGACUGGACCCUUUUUCAGCCAAUCGCCUUUCUUUCUCUCUGUCUCCCCGGAUCACAUCUUCCCCUAACACGUCAGUUGCGGGGCUUUGGCCAGGAGGGGGCGUAGCGAACGCACAGAGACUGCACCGCCCAGAGGGUAUCCCGUGUGUCCUGUCUUACCCUUUCUUCUCUAAAGCCUCAAGGGGGCGCUCUCUUUACCCCCACCCCUGCCUUUCCCAGAAGAGGUCCAGAGGAACUGGAUUUCCAUUGGCUGCCGCCUACUCCUACUUCCACACAAGCUGUUUGUAGCCCAGCGGCAUUUUAAGGGACGAUUCUCGUGAAAAGACUUUGGAGGGACGGAGACUGACUCUUCAUAUCCACAGCUUGGUGGUGUAGCUGUUUUACGCCUCUGUUGCCUUAAAUCUCGCAUUUUGUUUGUCUUUCUCUUUAAGUCUGGGUCCAUGUUUGAGGGGUAGGGGUGGUUCAUACAGCACAUAGGCCUGACUGGCCUGGUCUAGUUCUUUUUUUUUUGUUUUUGCUUCUGAUCAAAUCACAGAAUAAAAUCCUGAUCUUUUAGUCUGUACUUCCAUGCGGUGGGCUGGCUGCUAUUCUGAAAGCCAUUCCAGCAGGGUGCUUUGCACAAGACGCUGACGCUUUGGGUAAUUUUGUAUUUUAUUAUCUGGCGCAAGUUAUAGUCUGUCUCCUCCACUAAAAAAAAAAAAUAAACAGACAGGAUGAUUUUAACAUUCACAGAACUGCCAACUGGAAGAAUGUCACGGGCAAUGGCUCAAACAGACUUUCCCAGUCACAGCCCCCCCCCCACGUGAAGGAAUUCUGUGAAGGAGAAGCUCAAUGAUUUUGCAGAGCGUAGUCUGUCGCUCCAGCGUGACUUUACGUUUAUGGUCUCAGUCAGAUUUCUGCUUUGCACAGUGCUAAUCACACCACCCCCCUCCCCGGUGCCUCCCCACCUCUGAUUGUACGUGUUGUGUACUUUGCCUUUGCCGAAUGAGAGCAGCGAGAUGAGAAAUGCACCACCCUUCAAACUGACGGUUCACAUCAGGGGUUCCCGGGAGAGUCUCCUCUUCCAGUGCGGUGUCCCACUUCGGCCUCCAGUCUCCGGGGGGACGGCUGCGGGCCUGCUGUGCCACUGCAGGGUCAAAGGUCAUGCGUGUGAAGACACCGAUAGGGUGUCGUCAGGGCGGGGUCGCUCGCACUGGGACGUGGACUGCCAGGCAGGCAGACAAGGUGGUUUUUCCACUGUGGAGUCUGGUGACGUUGCACAUUAAGCUGCUAUGCAGAGAGCGAGCUAGCGUAUGAACGAGUGAGCGAGCUAGCGUGUGAACGAGUGAGCGAGCUAGCGUGUGAACGAGUGAGCGAGCUAGCGUGUGAACGAGUGAGCGAGCUAGCGUGUGAACGAGCUAGCGUGUGAACGAGCUAGCGUGUGAGCGUGUGAACGAGUGAGCGAGCUAGCGUGUGAACGAGCUAGCGUGUGAGCGUGUGAACGAGCUAGCGAGUGAACGAGUGAGCGAGCUAGCGUGUGAGCAAGCUAGCGUGUGAACGAGUGAGCGAGCUAGCGUGUGAACGAGUGAGCGAGCUAGCGUGUGAACGAGUGAGCGAGCUAGCGUGUGAACGAGUGAGUGAGCCAGAGAGCGACCAAUCAACCGAGUGCCUGGGCGAAUGAGUGGGCUAGCACAUGUAGCACAGUUGUCUAGCAGCAGGGAUUGCCGUUGCAUGUAUGAAAGAGACCGGUUACCACUGCUAGGGUUAGUGAACAGUGGCACUGUUAAUUUCCCAGAAUAUUUCUGGGGGUGGGUGGGAUGUGCCUGAUGUGAAUAGUCAUGGUGAGUAGAUGUUUAAAGCCUAACCUACAUGUCCCAGCGGAGGCUUGUUGUCAUGGUAAUAAUUCUUACAAUUACCUGGGAUGUGCCGUUUAGGCUUUGGCUUCCAAAAGGUUGAUCCUGUUUGAAAGGUGGUGCUUUUUAAAAAAAAUUGUUAAAAAUUUUAGUAGGACAAUGUGAUUUUUAUUUCUUCAAGUUCAGAGUGGCCUUAAAAUGAUGAUUAAUAAACAAUAAGUACAUA